UUCGAAGAACUAUCAUCAAGUAAAUUGAACACUAAAUUCUACUAAAAGAAUUAUACACAUCUCUUAGUACACAAUUUUAAAUUAAAAGUUGAAUUUCAAGUAGCGAAUAAUUAUGAAGUUGUUCUCUAUAUUCGUUCUAUUGUCAGCUUGGCUGCUUUCUGCUCAAGCUGCCAAGUCCGACUAUAAUAUCUUUUGCUACUGGGAUGGCCAAUCCAAUAUGCGCAAGUAUCGUAGUGUUUAUCAAUAUUGGGAUGUCAAUACGAAAUUUUGCACUCAUCUGGUUUAUGGCUCAACCUUGGGUUUAGAUCCCGCUGGCUCCGGCAACGUGGAGUUUGAAUAUCCAGAGGAAUAUAUUGAUUUCAAUCAUAUGGCUAAAUACAAGAACCUUAAGAACGUUCAAAUCAAAUCAAUAAUCUCGAUUGGCAACUGGCGGGAUCAAUCGUCCUUGAUUUCCGAAAUGAUAUCAGAUACUCGCAAGCGAGAUCAAUUCUACACAUCACUCAUUGGUGUGCUCUAUAAGACUGGUGUUCAGGGCGUACAGAUCAAUUGGCAGUUUCCAGCUCAUCGUCACAUGCACUCCAAGGAUCGAGAGAACUUUGUGACAUUUCUGCACGAGCUGAAGAUUGUUCUAGAUGAGCACAAGUUUAUGCUCAUGGUCGCUGUCUCUGCUCGGCUGGAUGAGAAAACUCUGGCUGCCUAUGAUAUUCCCAGCAUAAUGAAAUAUGCAGAUUUUGUUAGCCUGCUUGUGCACAACCAUCAGGAUCCCUACAGUCGCCAAUUGAGCUACAAUGCUCCACUUUCAGGAGAUAAGCUGAAGAGUGUUGAGAGCUGUGUCGCCCACUGGGUGAAGCACAGCAAGAUGCCCUCGAAACUGCUACUGGCUAUUCCAUUGUUCGGACAGACCUACACAAUGGCCUCCUCGAACACAACUGUGGGCUCAGCUAGCAAGGGACCUGGCCGACAGCAACAAGCUUCAUUGCGUCCGGGUUACACAACCUUUGGCGAAUUUUGCACCCAAUCUGGCAAAUGGCAAAGGAAAUUCGAUAAUGUGACCCAAGUGCCUUAUGCUUAUAAGGACGAUCAGUGGAUUAGCUACGAAGAUGGACGCAGCAUCAGUGCCAAGACACAUGUGGUGGAGCAGCAGCAUCUCGGUGGUGUCCUCGUUAUGUCCCUUGAUGCCGAUGACACCCAAGCAGCAUGUGGUGAACGCUUUGCCUUGUUGCGUGUUAUCAUUUCAGUCAUUGGGGAUCCAGAUUCUUUGACCACGCAGGCAGCAACCACAGAGUCCACCGGUCUCUGUCCUCGCGAUGGUUUCUUCCGCAAUAUGUGGGAAUGCGAUUUAUACUACGAGUGUCGCGACACCAAGCGCUUUGAUUAUGAAUGCGUCAAGGGAUAUUAUUUCGAUGAGAAGCUCGGCGAAUGUCAGCCAGCUAGCCAGGUUGAGUGCAAGCAAAACUUUGUCACCUGGCGACCAGGUCAGAAGCUGUACAACUUUAAGAAUCUGCCUCUGAAUCUGAAGAUUGUGCAGUAG